CUUAACCCUAUUGAUCCUAGCUUUGGUAUGCUUUAUUGCUUGCAUGGUUUAUACAUACUUGCUUAAUUUAGAAUGCUUGAAUUGCAGAAAAACUCAUCCCGAAUUGAGGUGGAGCCUAGAAAGAUAAGAUUUAAAACUACAUCUGGUAGGAAAAAAUCGGUGGGAAAACUUUAGAAAUGGGAUGAUGGUUGAAUUGCAGAAAAAGUCAUCUAGAACAGAGGUGAAGCCUAGAAAUAUAAGAUUUAAAACUAUAGCUGGCAGGAAAAAAUUGGUGGCAAACUUUAGAAAUGGGAUGAUGGUGGAGGUUACCAGUGAUAUGGAAGGGUAUGAGGGCUCUUGGUACGUUGGUAGAAUUAUUGGCCUAGUUGGAAUUGAUAGGUUUCUAGUGGAAUACCGUGACUUGGUAGCAGAUGAUGAGAUCCAACCCUUGAGAGAAGAAGUAGAUGCAUGUCAUAUCAGGCCUUUUCCCUUCCAGUUCCAUCAAUUGCCCAUUAUAAAACUCUCCAAAACGUUGAUGCAUGGCAUAACGAUGGGUGGUGGGAGGGUGAGAUUUCAAAAGUUAAGGGUGACUCAAAGUAUGUUGUCUUUUUCAAACCUACAAAGGAGCAGAUAGUAUUUGAACAUUCUAAUUUGAGGCCUCAUCAAGACUGGAAAAGAUGGAAAAUGGUCCAUGGCUCAAGAGGAGAGUUCAAGUGAAUGUGUUGAUGGUGUAAAUUUGAAGAUGGAGGGCAUUAAGCGAAAGUUUAGAAAGGGGACAAUAGUGGAGGUCAGAAGUGAUGAAGAAGGUUACAAGGGUUCAUGGUACACUGUAAAGAUUGUGGAAAUAUUAGAGAAUGACAAUGUUCUGGUGGAAUAUCAAACAUUGAAAACGGAUGAUGAAACUGAAUUCCUGAAAGAAGAGAAAGAUGCUUCGGACAUAAGGCCUUGUCCCUUUGUCGUUCAACAUGCCUACCCUUAUGUAUUGGGUGAAAGAGUUGAUGCUUGGUAUAACGAUGGAUGGUGGGUAGGUUGUAUAUACAAAAUUCUUCAUUGCUCAAAGUACACAGUUUUCUUUGCUAUGUCAAAUGAGUUGUUGGAAUUUGAACAUAGUGAACUGAGGCCGCAUCUAGAAUGGAUCGGUGGAAAAUGGAUAGCUGCUUUAAAGGCAUGAACUUUAUAUGCCCCGUGGAGUGUGUCUGCGAGCAGAGGCCAUAACAACAAUGAAUAGAUGGA